UGGCCCCUUACCUUUGAGAAGAAAAACUAUAGAAAAAGCAAACCAAUAAUCUGCAGAGGAAGAGAGAGAGUGUGGAGACAUGGCAGGGAUAACAUUUUGUCACCACUUAGCCUUCUCCUCUCAGAGCAACUUGAGUCCAUCUUGGUUGAUCACCGGAGCGACAAAGAGGCCACAACUGCAUAUUAAAAGAUUGGUGACUAAGGCCGAAGUGAGCUUCGUCGACUCUGAUGAGGCGAAGAAGCUGAUAGCGGUCGAGGGCUACGCAGUUAUAGACGUUCGCGACAAAACUCAGUUUGAGAGAGCACAUAUAAAGAACUGCUAUCACGUCCCAUUGUUCAUUCUGAACAACGACAACGAUUUAGGAACGAUAAUAAAGAGAACCGUGCACAACAAUUUCUCGGGCUUGUUUUUCGGGUUGCCUUUCACCAAGCCUAAUCCGGAAUUCGUUGAAUCUGUCAAGAACCAGUUUUCAUCUGAGAGUAGCAAGCUGCUGCUUGUUUGUCAAGAGGGGCUCAGGUCUGCUGCUGCUGCCUACAAAUUGGAGGAAGCCGGUUAUCAGAAUAUAGCGUGCAUAUCAUCCGGGCUACAAUCUGUAAAACCUGGUACAUUCGAUGCCAUUGGUUCAACGGAGCUGCAAGAUGCGGGGAAGGCUGGUCUGAUUCAAGUUCAAGGCAAAAUCUCAGCAGUGCUGGGGACUGUUCUCAUCUGUGCGUUUCUGUUCAUUACAUUCUUCCCUGACCAAGCAGAGAAGCUGUUCCAGCUCGCCCCGACAAGCUAAAAGCUCGAGUAAUUCGGUAGAACUUAGAUUUUGCACCUGAGAAGUUGAAAUAUUUGAACACAAGAAGGAAAUAGAUUAUUUGGUGUAAUUAUCCAAUCAGAAAUGAAUUGAUUAUCAUUGUCA